AUGUCAGAAACGUGGGAAGCGCUUCGCAAAAAGGCGCGAAGCACCGAGAACUCGAUUGAUGUGAAGUUGGUUUCGUUGAAUAAACUGACGGCUAGCUCACAUGGAGGAUUCGAUAUCGACGAGAAAACUGUGUCCUCUCGACAAACGACUUUUCGAACGGUCACCACUGAAAUUGAGGGAUUAAUUGAGCAAUUAACGAAUAUCAAUGAUGAUAUGAACGACGUCGCCGGCGCUCAAUCCUCCGCUUCCUGGGCAUCGAAUCCAGCAAUCCAACACACUCUCCGCCGCCAUCGUGAAAUUCUUCGGGAUUACGGUAGUGAGUACCGUCGGGCCAGGGAUAAUGUGGAUCAGGUUUUGCAGAGAGAACUCCUGCUGAGCAGCUCGAAUAAUGAAUCUCGGAAUCCGGCGGUCAACAAUCGAGCCAGAGGAUAUGAUAUGUAUUUGAAGGAAAACGACCAUAUCAAUGCCUGUGAUCGUUUAUUAGACGAGCAGAUUGAAAUGGCAAUGUCGACUAAAGAGAAUGUGGCUAGGCAGGGAAUCAAUCUACGUGGCAUCUCGAAUCGGCUGCAUUAUAUCACAAAAAAGUACCCUGCCAUCAACAAUUUGAUGCAGAAAAUCAAGACAAAGAAACAAAAAAACACAAUGAUCCUGGCUGGUGUCAUCUCCGCAUGUCUCAUUUUUACGAUUUUUUGGAUUAUUAAUUAA